AAACACUUCCGGUCUAGCUUCGCACUCCCGUCAAUGACGUCCCCAGACAAGAGGUGCCAGAGACACGAGCGUGUGGUGUAGUGGCGAGAAAAUGGCGCUGUUUUCCGUGAACAGGUACUUGGGUACAGAUGAGUCUGAAGGUACUUGUCAAUCAGAUAGAACCAAUUCUAUUCUACAGAAGCUGAAAGCUGAUGCAGAAAGGAGAAAACGAAAAAAGGAAGUAUUGUCUCCUAACAACAAUGACCAGAGCUUUUCAGAAAACAAUAAUGUUGAAAAAGCAAUUAAAAACCUAAACAAAUCAAAGACACCCAAGAAUUUACAUUGUUUUCCAUUAGAGGAUACCCCAAAGAAGCUAAAAAGAACAAGAACUGAACAUAGUGAAUGUGAUCUUAAUCCAUCCCCAGAAAAGGUUAAGAGAAAGCAUAAAAAUGAUAAAAGGAAAAACAAGAAAUAUGAUACAGAUUGCACUGCUCGAAAGGAUGAAGAUAGUUCAUUGCUGUCUGUAUCUAUGGAGACUGAAGGACAAACAACAGAGUUAUCUGAUGCUGAGGAUAGACUGGAAAGUCAGGACUCUGGCAACGACACUGAAGGCACUGAUUUAAGUGGGGUGGCUCCAGAGGAAAGAGAUUCAUCCAAAACAGGUCCUCACGAAAUUGGAGGGUAUACAGUGUUAGGAGACGUCAAACCAAAACAUGUUGAAAAGGUGAAGCGUGUUUUACCCGAGUGGCUGGCCAAACCUAGCAUGGUGAGCGCUGAUAUAAACAAGGAUCAGACUCCAGUUAGUCAGGUAUCCGGCAUCCACCAGCAUAUUCUAGACAAGUUACAGGAAAAUGGAAUUACUCACUUUUUUCCUGUCCAGGCACAGAUCAUUCCUUUCAUGUUAUCCUGUGUGAGGUCUGGGUAUCACAUAGGCCCCGGGGGAUACCAACCCCCAGACGUCUGCUGCUCAGCACCCACAGGUAGUGGCAAAACACUGGCUUUUGCACUUCCUAUAGUACAGGCUCUGGUGGGACGGACAGUCUGUCAGAUAAGAGCACUCAUUGUCUUACCUGUGCAGGAUUUAGCCAGACAGGUGUUCAGAGUUUUUCACACAUACUGCCAAGGAACAAAUGUGAAGGUUGGGCUAAUAAUUGGUCAGAAAACCUUUCAGAAUGAACAACAAUCUUUGGUGAAAUACAGACACAGUGGCUACCAUAGUCAGGUGGACAUCAUUGUAGCCACCCCAGGGCGACUUGUUGACCACAUCAAUAAAACAGAGGGCUUUGACCUCAGACACCUAAGGUUUCUGGUGAUUGAUGAAGCUGACAGGAUGAUGGCUGAGAUCAAACAGGAAUGGCUGACACAAGUAGAGGAGGCAGUAUACACUACCAGAUAUGGGCAUGGGCUGUACCCAGGGUACAUCAGGCCCCGCCCAGGACAUAUUACUGUGGAGAGUGCUGCUAAAAUACAAAUGCCGCUCCAGAAACUCUUGUUUUCUGCCACAUUAUCUCAGAACCCAGAGAAAUUGCAGCAGUUGAAGUUGUACCAGCCAAGAUUGUUUACAUCUGUAGGGGGAGAGUCUCGAUGCUUGGGCCCAGCUAAAAUAAACACCAAGGCAGACCCAAGAGAUUUGACUCCGGCUAAAGCAAAAAGCAAGACAGAAUCUCGAGGUUUGACUCCAGCUAAAGUAAACUCCAAGGCAGAGUCACAAGAGUUGACUUCAGAAAAAGUAAACACCAAGGAGGUACUGGGUAUGACACCAGCACCCAAAGAAGUCUCUGGAAUGGAAGAUCGAACAAGGGCUGAGUUUGCUGGGAAAUACACCACUCCAAUAGGGCUAAUGGAAUACUUUGUGGAAUCUCCCAUGCAAGAAAAGCCCCUGAUGGUUUUGCACCUAAUUCAUAACCUUGGUUACCGUCAGGUGCUCUGCUUUACCAAUUCCGUGGAGGCAACUCACAGGUUGUACCUUUUGAUGAAGAUGACGGGUGGGAUACAGGUCAAGGAAUUCUCUUCCAAACUUCAUGUCUCCAAACGCAAAAGGAUUCUCGAACAGUUUAAAGCAGGCAAAAUAGACUUACUGAUUUGCUCAGAUGCCAUGGCAAGAGGCAUGGAUGUGGAGAAUGUAAAGUAUGUGAUCUCAUACGACUCUCCUCUCUUCAUCAAGACUUACAUCCACAGAGUUGGCAGGACAGCUAGGGCUGGCAAGCUGGGUACAGCCUUCACCCUGUUACAGAAGAAAGAGGUGUUUCACUUCAAGAAAAUGUUAAGAGAAGCCGGGAAAUCCAGUAUUAAAGAGAUGAAGAUAUCCAAGUCUGAUUUGGAACCACUGGUGCCAGAGUUCAAAGAAGCACUUCAAAAAGUACCAGAAACUUUGAAGUCUGAACGAAGGAGAACAAAGUGAUGUUUCUGUAUCCAAGAUUCAGGAGGUUCCAAGGUUUACCAGUUAUGGCUUAGUAAUGAUAAAGCCAAACUACAAAAUGUCAAAUAUGGAUGUUGUCAGAAGUUGACUGUAU